AUGAUCAAGUUUUUGGUUGUAGUUGCUCUUGCGGCCUUCGCAAAUGCGAAUCCAAUCCUGCGUUUGGAUGGAAAAAUUGUUGGUGGAAAAUAUAUCAACAUCACAGCAGCACCUUAUCAAGUCAGCCUUUUCUCACGUGGCAGCUUUUACUGUGGUGGUAGCAUAAUCUCAAAAGACUACGUUUUGACAGCAGCUCAUUGCUCUGAUGGUCCAGCCAAUAGUUAUUCAUUCCGAGCUGGCUCGACUUUCAAAAGCCAAGAUGGCAGCAAGCACUCCGUAUUAGAAGUGAUAGUUCACGAAGAAUAUGGUAGCAGUUAUGAUGGCAUCCCACAAAAUGACAUUGCUCUCAUGAAAGUGGACCCACCCUUCGAAUUAGACGAAUCGCGUGCAGCUGUUCCUCUAUUUAAACAGGACAAGAUCUUAAUCCCUGGACUAGUUGGUCUUAUUUCUGGAUGGGGAGCAACCCGUCAAGGUGGACCCACUUCUGCUCAUCUUCAAGCAGUCCAAGUACCCCUCAUCAGCAAAGAAUCAUGCCAGAAACAGUAUGCCUUCAUGGGAAAAAUUCCCAAGGGUGAAAUUUGUGCCGCUUAUCCUGAAGGUGGUAAGGAUUCCUGUCAAGGUGACUCUGGUGGCCCCUUGGUUGUUGAAGGAAGUCUUGCAGGUAUAGUUUCUUGGGGAUAUGGUUGUGCUUUGCCAAAUAUGCCAGGAGUGUAUACCGAAGUUGGUUACUAUCGAGAUUGGAUCAAGAAGAACUCUGGGGUGUAAGGAUUUUAUCUUUGGAACAGAGCUAUGAAAAAUGGAUGUGUUCUUCAAGUGCUACAAAAAAAGUUUCCUGGCAAGAUUCUUAAAAAAUAAUGUACAAAAUAAUUUAAGUUAUUUAACGCCUAUAAACUAGAGUGGUGCUAAUCUGCAAUCAUUAGCUGAGAAAAUAAAGACAUGAAAUA